UACCAAUGCCCAAUGGUAAAUCGUAAAAAGUAUAAACUUUAAAGUGUACGAUCCUUACAUCGUUACAUCACGGCCUUAGAAGAUUUUCUACUUUUUCUAGCUGUUCAAAGACCGUGCUUUACAUGAUUACAAUGUUACGUCGUUAUCAGCUUAUCGAGUUGUAAAGCUGUCAGUGUACUCGGCACCUACAUAGUCCAUUGACUCAAUGGAGUGAGUAACUCAGGUCUUGGACUUUCAGUUAAUCAGUAUUCAGUUUGUUCUUUGUUAGUCGUCACGGGCCAUGAACCUUGACGGUCGACUGAUGACCAAAUGUUGAUCAACGUCAGAUGACGUACACCAGAAGUUUCCUUUCGAGGCUAACCCGAUAUUUGCAGAUCAUUAGCCCACAGGAACAUCGUAUGCGAACGACCGUCCUACCCGAUCUGCACACGAUCUCGUAAAGUAUCUGCCCUUAGCAAAACUCGUCUGUGCCUACCACGUACCGAUCUGAAAUGAGUUCACACGAGAGAACCGCUGCGGCCGGAACGCCGUCUUCAGUUUCGUUGGAUUCGCUUCCCAUCGAGGUAUUCCUGAUGAUCUGUGAACGUAUUGAUGCUGAUACACUAAUUAGGUCAUUGAUGUACGUCAACAAACAGUUCUACGACAUAAUCAGUGACAACUACCUGUGGAAGAAAAGAGCCAUGCGUAAAUUUAACGAUUGCAAUGUGGCGUUCAUGUUGUCAAGCGCUUACAACGAAAACACAUUUGAUUGGAAGAAAUUUGCUUGGCACACUGAAUUGGAAGACAGUUGUUGGAGCGAAUAUGAAACAAAAACCACUACCACUGUUUUUAAGGGAGCUCAUUUUUCUGAAGUGGAUGCUGUCAUUAUGGCAAAAGACGGUAAACAUUGUAUGUCUGCAUCGAGAGAUCGUUCUAUAUGCUUAUGGAACACAGUGGAUACAGUAGAUAACCUUGUCGUACAAAAAUUAGAUAGCCAUUUGGGAUGGGUGUGGGAUUUAGGAAUCUAUGAUGAUGAUCAUUUUUUAUCAUGUUCUUGGGAUUCAAAAGUCAAAUUAUGGAAUACGAGCAACUUCACAUCUUCUUCACAACCAAUACUCACAUUUAGUACUGAUGCUGCUGUGUUGUCAAUUACUAGCAAAGAAAAUUUUAUUGCUGCCGGACUUUAUUGCCCUAAGAUUAUCGCAUUUGAUCCUCGAGAACCUGAAAAACGACUAUUUGAACUACUAAAUUCUCAUACACGUAGUAUAAUUGAUUUAUGCUUAAUAGAAGAUCAUUAUUUGAUAUCACUAAGUGAAGACAAAACUGCAUCUAUUUGGGAUUUGCGCACAAAUAAUAUUGUCAAAUCUUUGUACCUUUCUAAACGAGGUAGUAGUUUUCCAAUGUGUGCUUCCUACUAUGACAAUAUACUAUUUAUCGGUGACAAUCGAGAUUGUAUGUACUGGUUGGACUGUUCAGAUGGGCUAUAUAAUGUUCUUGAGACUUUGAAUCUUGUAAAGCCUGUAGAUGAUUGCCGAAACUACAAACUUAAUUGCAUUAAAUGUACUAAUUACGGCAGUAUUAUAACUGGAGGGAAUGAAGGAGUUGUUUACAUUUUAACUCCAACAAAUCCUCCAAAAGUUAUAGCUAAAAUUGUUGAUUCCGGUGCUGAAAUAACCUCAAUUGACUAUCAAAAUGAUACAUUAGUUGUUGGAUAUGUAAGUAGUGAUGUUCAAGUGUGGAAAAAAAAAUAGACUGAGAUGAUAUCCAAAUGUAAUUCACUGCCCUAAAAUCUCAAUUACAAUACAUGGCUGUAAAUAUUAAUUUUUCUAUAAAUAAUGUUAUAAUGCAGAGCAUUCUUAAAAAUAUUUUAUUUUAUUUUUGAU